AUGGAUUCAUACCAGUUCUAUAAUACGUCCAUCGACGGGAAGUCCCCUCUUUUCACCUACACGCCUUCCCGCGCAGCCGGAGCUGUGAACGCGCUGGAGGCGUGGACACUCACCAAUCCUAGCUUGGUGGCAGAUACCUCCUACACGACCAAUUUAUCUGGUGCAACUGUCGAGAUCCAAUGGACAGGCACCUCCAUCUGGCUCUACGGAAGAGCGAGCGCGAGCUCUAGCUACGGGAUCAUACGUAGCUGGAGCGAGAUGGUUUGGUUCGGCGACGAGGCGAACGGGACCGAAGGCGUCCUCUUCAGCGAGGCAGGCCUCUCUUACGGUUCUUACACGCUCGCCCUCUCCGUCAGCAAAGGACCGGUGACCAUCUCGGGCGCGACGAUCACCGUGGGCAUGGGAGAUGCUGGGUCAUCAUUGCAGUCACACAACCAGUCUGCAGCGACGGGAUCCGGAGCAAAUCAAGUCAAUCCUUUCUUCCAGACCAACUCCAGGAGCUUUUGGUCCUCCCUCAUCCUCGAUGGCUCCCAAAGCAUCCUUCGUACCAGCAACAUCGGAGACUCGAUCACGUUCACGGUCCAAUCCAGCGUGAGCUUCGCUAUCUACGGAACGACUGCGCCCGCCUACGGCGAGUACAACAUCAGCGUGGACCCCCUUCCGGAUAACCUCCCCCCAACUGCCCAGUACAACGCGUCGACGGCGUUCGAGGUCCUGGACGCGCUGAAGUUCCUGGCGACGGGUCUGGACGAGACGAAGAACUACACGGUGACGAUGACAAACGCCGAGCGCAACAAGACCUGCGACAUCGGCCAAGUCGUCCUGCACAGCGCUGUCCGAAUGCACGUCCAUUUUGUUCUCAAAGGGCAGACCAACGAUGCUGAUGAGUAUCGUCAUCACUUUGAAGUUUCCGGCAGCGCAACGUCUGGACGGCAGCGCCUCAACACGGGCGAUAUCGUUGGCAUUGUGCUCGGAUGUGUCGCGAGCGUCCUCAUUUUCUGGGCCACCGCCGUGGCCCUGCGACAGCGCCGUCGGAGACGGAGAAUCGAGUACUCGAUGGAGAAGCCUUCCACACCGCUCUACCGAGAAUACCGAUACAAACGCGCAGCUCGCCAUUCCCCUGUCAGGGUUCCCGGAAUCGAUCUGAUCGACCCGGACAUCGUGGUGAUAGGUGGAGAGCGUGAGCUGAUGACUCCAGAACUUGAAGUCACACCCUUCAUGAAGACUUACACUGACCUUGCCUCGCCCGCGUGCCAAAGCACCCAUGCGGAGCAACCUGCGGAUAAUUCUCUGCCAAACCAGCUCACGACAGAACGAUCGGUUGCAGUCCCAGCAGAGAAUGCAGACCGUCAUCCCAGAGUCAGGCCACCGUCCUACAAAGCGGAGUGGAUGUCUAGUCGCACUUCAACGAGAACAACGGCACAACAGCCUCCUUCCUCUUAUCAGAUGAAGCUGGAGGGCGAACCUGCUCCCUAA